GACUUGCACCUCGACGGUUCGUCACUCAUUCCGGGCGUCAUGCAGCUGUUCCAGCGUUACGCGUCUCUCAGGAGUACCUCUUACGCCGUCUUCAGGCGUGGAAUGUUUGUGCUUAUAGCGCAGAUGCUGGUUACAUCCAUGGGGGUCUUCGCUCAAGACGACAACAACUACCUUCAGCCGGAAUACCAGCAGGCUGGCUACGACGGUGCGGAAUAUGGCGAGUCCUCUCAGCCUGUUUACCCUCCAACGCCAUACAAUUUCGGCUACGACACCGAGGACGAAUACGGCAACAAACAGUUUCACAAGGAGGAAGGCGACUCCAACAACAUCAAGACCGGAUCGUAUGGCUACACGGACGCUAACGGGCUGUACCGACGCGUCAACUACGUGGCCGACGCCACGGGAUUCCACGUCACCAUUACCACCAACGAGCCUGGCACGGCCCCCGGACGCAGCGCGAAUGCAAUCUACAACGCUGACCCCGUGGUGGUGCCGCCAGUUGUAGGCCGGGCUUCAGCCUCGGGUCACGUGCUGUCGUACCUCGUCGCGCCGUCCUACGUCGUCAAGCCAGCCCCGUAUGAAUCUUUGGCACUCGGUCACCUAGGAUACCCUGCCCAUAUGAACGGCGAGUACGGGCGCAGGAAGCGGAGCGUCGUUUAUCGGCAGUGAGAGAUGAAGAGAAGCGAACGACUUUAAGGAACGCGCGGCCUUGAAUCUGAGAAGCAGCUCAACGAACAAAAACGACCAUACGUCCAUAUUGAAAUGCUUGGUGGGUGAAGACUGCUGAAAACCGAGUAGGGUAGCCGUGUGUGUUGCCGUUUGCUUAUUCAUAAGCAAAUACAGAUGUAUCCAAGCCCUGUAGAAUGUUUUCAGGAAAGCAGCCAUGCGGUACUGUGGUCGUUUGGAUAAUGGUUCCGAGUUGUAGUUGUACGAGUACGUCACAAUACGUCGCAGUUGUUUUAGCUGUGCAAGAUGAGAGAAAAAAAAAGACGCAUGCCGUAGUUCGGUCGAGUGUUCAUGACUCUGGAGGAACCCUCACAGCGUGUCUUUGAGUGUUGCUGGCGGUGAAUGGAUCCUGACACAAUCUCAAGUCUUUAAGAAGUUUAGAAUAAUAUUGGUGUAGCAUUUCGCACGCCACAUGAAGCAACAUGCCUAGGCGCCCAGCAUGUCGGCAUGAAAAGCUGUGUCAGGGUAGGGGAUAAUCAUGCCCAUUGCAAGUAGGGUAUGCUGCAAUAUACUGACAGCUCUUCGUUAACAAACCACAGCUACCGAAGAAACAUAGUCGUACGCUGUGCUAUCACUGCCAUCUCCUAUCAAUUUUUUAGAUUAUUCAUUUCAGCAGGCACGAUCUAUAUUGCAGAGAAGUUCAGUACAUCAAUAUGCUGUCUUGUUAAGGUGAAUGCAAUAAAACUGUCACUAUUUUGGUUUUUACUGCAACAGCGUAGCCACCUCAAGCAUCAAAGAGUAUUCAAUAGUGGUGCAAACCCAGAAGAAAAAAAUUUUGGCUGAGCGUUAUAUGUGGUCUGAAUUAUCUAAUCGAAACUAAUACUUUCGAUCUCACGUUUCCUUUACGCUCGAAGCAAAACCACUACGAAAUUGUCAACAACUUCACAGUUGUCUGGAUCCAGGUUGUUAAAGAAAAACUGGCAG